AUGGCACUCUUCUACCACGAUCCAGAACUUCGACAAUUCGAAAACCAAAUCUCCAAUGUGUUUUCUAAUUUCUUCACAGACCUGAAUACAGCCAGACGCGGCGGAAAUGUUCGUGCUGGUACUCGGAGCGCAAUUAAUGCUACUUCCUGGACUCCGGCUCUUGACGUCUACGAAACAGAUAAAGAAUUUGUAGUACAUGCCGAAUUAGCUGGUGUUCCAAAAGAGAACGUAAACGUCGAUUUGCGCAAUAACGUACUCCAUAUUUCUGGUGAAACAAAACAAGAUCAAAAAUAUAAAGAAGGCAAUGCACAUAUUCAAGAACGUCGUUACGGCAACUACGCGCGUACUAUCUCGUUGCCAUCAAAUGUAAAGUCCGAUGAGAUAGCAGCAAAAUUUGAACAUGGAUUAUUGGAAGUAAAGAUUCCGAAAGCUGAAAACGCUACACCAAAAAAAAUUACUGUCCAAUAA